CUGAUGCACAGAGAGAGAAUCCGCGCGCCGAGCAGAAAAUCAAACUUUCCCCAAAAUCCAAAAAGAAAAAGGGGGGAGAAAUAGGGAAUUGAUCCAUGAGAUCAUCACUCUUCUUCGCAGCAAUUAUUAUGCAGCAAUCUCAACUCCCUUCCUCCACCGCUCUAGAAUCUCCCUCUCCACCUUCUCCUCGCCGUCGCCGCCGACUCUCCGAUCAGCUUCUCCGCCGGAUUCUAUGGCGGACGUCCUGCCGCCCACCGUGGAGGCUCUCAUCCACCUAAUCUGCCUUGUGCACAAACAGCCUCCUCUCCCGUUCACGACGAGGCGGCAGCUCGCUCGGCUGGGCGAAAUUGAGUCCAUGGCCAUCCUCCGCGAAAUCGACACUCGGGGAGUUAGUAAGACUUUCGACGAUUCCGUUCAGAUGAUCCUCCGAGGGAAGUCGCCGUCGCAGUCGCAGUCCCCGUCGACUGCUCCACUGUAUUCUUCUUCCUCUUCUACGUUUACAUCCCCGCAGCGGCAGCAGCAGCAGCAGCUCAGUGGUAGCCCUAAACCCACGUGGCUAAUGAUGCAUACUCGAGUUGGUCAAUUCAGUCAAUCAUCUGCUUCUACGCCAGUGAAGCGCCUUCGUCUGUCUCCACCGCCGUCACCGCCGCAGCAGCUCGCUCGUAGCCUUUCUCCCACGCUGCUCAUGACGGAUGCUCGAGAUGGUGACUUGGAUCUUCAAUGGGUCGUUCGUCGUAAACUGGAGGACGAUUUCCGUGAUCCUCCGGCCGCUACCAUGGAGCAUCUGAAGGAGCUUGAAUUUAGGAAGGCAUUUCUCAUAUUGAGCUACCUGAGAGGGAAGAAGUUGAAAGACUAUAUGAAUAUGACGGCCGAUCAAAUCAGAGAGCUACGGAGUUUACCGAUGAGAAAAUUCGAGGAACUAGUUUGGAGUGCCAUUGGCAUGUCAUGUAUCGGGGAUGAAACACAACGGAUAAAGAGUGAUGAUUGGAACCCCAAGCGGCCUCAUGUGUAUCAGUGCACUGUGGACCAUAACCACCACGACAACUAUGAUACUGGGUUGAGUUAUGAGUUCAAGGGUCCUUACUUUACCAACAUGAGAAAUUUCCUGCAUGCUACUCUGGGGGAUGAGAAUGUUUUGCUGGUCAAGUUCAGUGACAAGGGGAACAAAGAUAAAAGCAUACCAAAGUGCAAUGAUCGUUGUUAUGCCAAGUAUGCGACAGAUAUCAUUAAAGAUGGUAUUCAUGUUGGUCCGCAUCGUUUCCAUUUUUUCGUGUUCAAAGACGGACAGAAAGAGGAAAAGAAGAAAGAUUCAACUACAUCACCAGUGAAGUGUUAUUUUAUCCGCUUGGAUGGCAAUAUGAAAUUCAAGUCGAUUCGUGAAGCUAGAUCUUUCUUUAUGCAUCUAGACUCUUUGCCAAAUUUAUCCAAGUACAUGGCUCGGUUUUCUCUCAUUUUGUCAAAGACCAUAAAACUGGAUGUGGAUCUAGCAGAUGUGUUUGUUGAUAGGGCCGAUGACAUUCUUUGCAGCGAUGAAGAAGGUAAGAUUGUGUAUGAUAAGAAAGGCAAGCCGCUCAUAUAUACAGAUGGAACUGGGUUCAUAUCAGAGGAUUUAGCACGGUUGUGCCCAAUUGUAACUCAAGGGAGGUGCCUGGACAGUGACAUUGGGGAGCCCUUGCUUAUGCAGCUGCGCCUUUUUCACAAAGGAAAAGCUAUAAAGGGAACUCUGCUUCUUAAUAAGAAGCUUUCUCCUAAAACCAUUGUCUUUCGCCAAUCCAUGGUUAAAGUUGAUGCGGAUCUAAAUCUGUCACAUAAGGCUACUGCAAACUCAAUGGAGAUAGUUAACACAAGCCGUCGCCCAAAGCCUGCAGAGCUUUCAAGAAACUUGAUUGCCCUGCUCAGCUAUGGAGGUGUUCCAAAGGACUUCUUCAUGGAUCUCGUGGGUAAAGCCUUAGAUGAUGCUCUUGUUUUCAAAAGGCGUGCUGCUGCUCGAGCUAAUUUUAUUUACCCAGCUGCAAGUUUUCCUUAUGAGAAGGAAAUGCUUUUAUCUGGGAUUCCAUUUGAAGAAUCAUACCUGAAGUUUCGUUUGCCCAACUUGAUGACUGACGAGAAAAAAAGGUUGAGAGGAGGAAAAAUUCCUUUGCCCGAGUCAUAUUAUUUAAUGGGGACAACUGAUCCCUCCGGAGUUUUGAAGAAUGGUGAAGUUUGCAUAAUAUUAGAUAAUGGACAGGUUUCCGGAAAGGUGUUAGUAUAUAGGAACCCAGGAUUGCAUUUUGGUGAUAUCCAUAUUUUAGAGGCCGUCUAUCUGAAGGAAAUGGAAGGUUACGUGGGCAGUUCCAAAUUUGCGAUCUUCUUCCCUAUUCAUGGACCAAGGUCCUUGGCAGAUGAGAUGGCUGGAGGUGACUAUGACGGUGACAUGUUUUUUGUGUCGAGAAAUCCUCAGCUGCUGGAGAGUUUUCUUCAAAGUGAACCAUGGGAAAGUUCUUCUCUGUCUGCGUCUCAAUGUGAAAAGCCAAGCGAAAUUCCGAGCAAAAUGUCUGAUGAGCUGUUGGAGACUGAGCUUUUCAAACUAUUUUUAGCAACACGAUUUAAUGCAAGUUCCACUGCAGGGAUGGCUGCUGAAAGCUGGCUGGCAAUGAUGGACCGGCUUUUAAUAGCGGAAUUUGAUGGUACAAUUGACGUGAACAAGUGUGCUUUGAAGAAGAAUAUCCUGAGCGUGAUUGAUAUUUAUUACGACGCUCUAGAUGCACCAAAAAGUGGAGCAAAGGUUGAACUUCCACCAAAGUUGAAGAUGGAUAGAUUCCCGCACUACAUGGAAAAGCCUGACUAUAGGUCGUACAAGUCUACUUCGAUACUGGGACUAAUAUAUGAUGAAGUGAGGAAGUAUGAAGCUAGGGAUGACAUGCCAAUUAGUGAAAUCGUGAAACUGCCGUGCUUCGCUGGACAAGUUCUUCCACAUCUCAUCGAGAAGUGGGAGAAAGAGUAUAGCCUCUACAGGAUUGAGAUGGCAAGAUGUUGCAGCAAAGAAGUUGGGAAAAAUAUAGCUGCCGAUGAAAUCAAUGAGAAAUACAGAAAGAUCUUCUAUGGCCCCACUGGGGACUUCUGUACGAGCGAGAAGAAGCAGGAAGAAUUGUUCGACGAGGCUCGAGCAAUAUAUCAGGUUGUUUAUGAGUAUGCCGAGCAAAGGAGACGUUCGGCGGCAAAUGACCCCGAGAAGGUAAGGAAAGCCAUUAACUUAUGUGCCUUCGCAUGGAAAGUAGCAGGCUCGGCUCUCUGUGCAUUGUACAUGUCGAGUCGCGGCGAGAAGCCCUUGCUGUGCUCCGAGUCUGCUUUCAAGGAAAUGUUUGGACAAACCAACAAUUCCGCCAAGUAAGUUGCCUAUGCGCGGAGGCUCGUGUAUGUAUGUAGCUAUGUAUAAUCGUUUAGAACUCCUGUAGAAGCACUGUAUCUUGGCUGCACUAAUUUAUCUGCUUAUGUAGUGCUGCUGAGUAUGUCAACUGGUUCGUUCAAGUUUAGUUUUAGUGAUUGAUCAAUUUAAUCAAGAGAAACAGAUGUUAGUUGUACGUGAGUUAUUGCCGCAGCCUUAAGGCUGUGGGCGUGUUAUGUAUUAUACAAAGAACUCAUGUAUUUUACAGGUUGGAUGUAAGAAUCUAUGUAUUGUCAGGAUAAUUUGUUUGGUUUACAGGACUUUUGAUAUUGUCAAACGAGG